AAAGACGUCCAUGAUAUUUGGCGCCAUUUGUCGAAAACAAUUCAACUACACUAAAACCUACAUUAUUACAGAAUAUGGGCUCUCAUUAUUAGCGUCAAAAGCACUUUUGAUUUUAGAUUUACACGCAAGGCGGGUUUCGGGUUGGAUAGUACCACAUAUUAUGUUUGUUUUUCGCCGGUUUGGGAAUGUAUAUCGAUGUUUGAAAAAUGUGUAGAUAGAUAGGCUUUGUGUUUACUUAAACUCGUUGUUGUAUUCAUAGUUUAUACCCUGUGAUCUGUAAUUUUGGAGCAUGUAUCAACGUAUCACAGAAGGAAGGAAAAGAACCGAUUUUUAGUUUUGGGGGUGAAACGAUGGCUGGUGCCGUUGCUAUGGCAGCUGUCAUAGAAGAUUUUGAGGGUCAGCCAUGCAAGAAAUUGAGGAAGGAUGGCGAUGCACCAUCUGUCAAAACUAUUACUAACUACUUUAUGCCCAAGCCAGUGGAGAAACCGUUUUCACCACCACGGUCUAACAACAUUAUGGACUACUUUAAGAGAACCUCGCCUGCACAAGAAAUAAAAAGCUGUUGUCUGGUAGCUAAAGAGAACUCCCCAGAACCUUCAGAGCAAGGAAGUCGAGAAGUCCCUGGAAAACCUAUAAGAGGACAGGGGCAGAAGCGAACCAGGAAGGCCAAGGACCACAAGAAGUCCAAAGAGGAGGGUGCACAGAUGGUCACAGAUGAUGUUGUCUUGAUAGAGAGUACCAGUGAAUCAGCUGUAAAGGAAAGGGAUGUUGUUGUUCCAGCUCAAGCCUGUAAUGAUGCCUUCUCCAAUAAAGAAUCUGGCGCAAGGAAAAACACCACAGAGGCUGAUCCAGAUGUCCUGAAUUCUGGGGAAAGUUCUGAGCAAAAACCCUCUUUAAACCAAAGCAGGAAGAAAGAUUGUGGGAACAGAAAAUCUGGUGUGAGGAGAAACCGAAAGGCGAAAGGGGGCAGUGAAGAGACUAAGGAAUGUGAUGCUGAUGCUCAAGAGCCUGUAUGUGACGCUAAAUUGGAGGAAAGUGCGGAAAAGAAAAGUAGCACCGUCACAAUCUCAUUUGAAGACUUCCUACAAAAUCAGAACCAAGAGCAGGAGGAGAGCAAUGCGAUUCCCAAGACUGACACAGCUGAGACGUCAAAUGAAGGCAACACCUGUAAUGGUCAGAGUGAUUCUGCAAUCGGUCCUCUGCAGGUGUCACCCCGAACUCUCACGAUCCAAGCUGAGGUGCAUCCCAUUUCCCCCGAUCAUCAUGAGUCUGUCAAAACUGCCAAGGAUUUAAAAGUCGCAUCCAUUUUUAGUAGAAAUAAAAAAAGUCAAACAAAAGAAGACAAAAGUUUGUCUGUUCCUAUCCCAGAGGUUAAACCGGACGUGUUGCCUGACCUCAAAAGGAAGUCUAACGUUGUUGUUCUCGAGGAAGAUCUUGAACUUGAUGUGAUGGAAUCCAGCUCCAAUCCUCCUAAAAGCACUGAGGCAGAGAGAAAGCAGUUUAUGAAUGCCUUUAAGCAGCCUAGUCUUGAUGGAUUUAAAAGCAAAACCAGCAAGGGUCAGAGCAAGCAGAACCAGGUUCAAGAGAAGGAUCCAGAGACAACAGACAAGGAACAUGAAGAAAAAUCUCUUGAGCACAAACCCGAAACCAGCUCUGAGCAGAACGAAGAACAGAAGAGCUGUCCUGGGGACAAAAAGAAGCGAGGUAGGAAGGCUGGGAAAAAGGGACAAGCUAAGAAAGCUGAAGAUGCACAAGCUGCAACUCCAAAACCUGAAGAACCCGCCGCAGACAUCGAGGUCAACAAUGAGAGUAGGUCAGCUGAUAAUAACAGCAGUGAACAGGCUGUCAGAGAGCUGAGGAGGUCGACCAGAGAGCUUUCACACAGACAAUCAGCCACUGUUCUCAAUAGUGUGUCGCAGAAGAAAGAGAGGCAAGAGAACACUGUGAAAGAUGACGAUGAGUCCCAAAAUGCACCCUUACCCUCUUUGGCCUCCACCCCAAAAGCUCACAGGCCCAAAAAGGGCAUUUAUAGAGCUGAAAUGCUGUGCCCACCAGACAAGAAAGGCAGCCCCAUCAGGAUGAAAAUCACCAGAGUAUUUCCAUCCUCUGCUACAAAAGCUGGUGAUUUUGAAAUAUCAAGUCCUCUCUCCACACAGGAAUUAAAUGCAGUUAAAAAAAGAAAACAAGCUAGAAAGCUGGUGCAGAAAGCCAAAGCUCUUCAGCAAAGUAAAAAGGACACUAAUAAGGAGAAAGACACUGUUCGACGCUCUACAAGAGGCAAAGAGUCAAUCAUAAAUUACUGUGAAGAUGAGGACUCUGUAGUUUUUUUGGAUGAAAGCGAAAGCACUCCAGUCACCUCACAGGAAAGUGACAAAAGCCAAAAGAAGAUUCGUAGUUUGAACGAGGUUUUGGGUAAAAAUACAACUCAAAACAAAACAUCCAAAACUCCUGCAGCUUCUAAACUGGCUCCUCUGUUUGUUGACAAAAAAGCUCAGAGAACGUCUGUUGUCAUCUCCAUUUUUGACGACAGCAGUCGAGAGGCAUCCGAGACCUCGCAAGAUGAUGAACAGUUCAGAGCAAAGAGAGAGUUUCUGAAGAGCGGCCUUCCGGAGUCUUUUAAAAAGCAGAUUGCAAAAACAGCAGCCAGCCGAGAGGCUUAUAGUCAGGCCUGUGCUUCCUUCCAGACAGUGGUGCAUGUUCAGCAGAGGGCUGCAGAUUGUUCUGUUUGGAACCUCCAGUGGCCUACAAAUCCUUUCCUUGUAUGCAUAAAGGAGUCCUAUAAUUUACCAGCUGUUCAACUGAUGUCUUUGGAGAAGUCUUUAGGUUAUGCUACAGUUCCUGCUAAGAGAGCAUUUUGCCAGAAGGUUUCUUGUCGGAAUUCAGAGUUUUCUGAGCCAAUCAGACAGCAUCUUUUAGAGGAGAUGAGAAUCUCCAAUCCCUCCUUCCCUCAUCAACGUUUCUUUAUGCGGUUUGUUAAGAGACAUGAAGACUGCAUCCUCCAAGCCUCUGCCUCAGAACCUGAAGGUGAGUCUAAGGUAUCCCGCCCUGCUGGAUCAUCUGAUGGCGUCGGAAGGAAACGGAAGCGUGUAGAUGAAGGAGAGACAACAGGCAAAGUGGGUAAAAAACCAAAGGCCAGUCACUCAGAAGGGGAUGUCGUAGUGAUUGAAGAAAGUCCACCAUCAGGAGGUCAGGCAGCACGGAAUGUCUCGGACACAGUUCCAUCUGUCAGAAGUCGAAGAGGUCGAUCACAGAGGCAAAAGCAGAAAGAAGAACCCAAGCCAGCAGAGUUACUCUCAGUGGGGAAUCAGAAGGACAUUCACAUUAUAGUAGAUUCCUCUGUCCCAGAGAAUUCAAGCACAGAAGCAGAUGGAGUGAAAGAGGAUGUGCUUUGGACAGAGAAAUAUCAGCCUCAGCACUCCAGUGAAAUAAUCGGGAAUAUGGAGUCUGUCCGGAGACUACACAGCUGGCUGAAAGAGUGGAAAUUGAGAGCUGACCGGGAAGAGAAGAGGAAACAGCAGGAAAAAAAGCAAGAGGAGGACAGUAAUGACUCCUGGCUCAUAGGUGAAGGCCUGGAUGAGACAGAAGAUCAUCUGUGUAACACACUUCUUAUCACAGGACCCACUGGAGUGGGCAAGACUGCUGCAGUCUAUGCCUGUGCGCAAGAACUGGGAUUCAAGGUAUUUGAGGUAAACUCCUCCUCUCAAAGGAGUGGUCGUCAGAUCUUAUCCCAGCUGAAGGAAGCCACUCAGUCCCACCAAGUAGACAUCCAAGGUGUCAACUCUCACAAACCGUCCUACUUCAGCAAUUAUAGCAGCAACAGCACCACCAUCAAACCUGGCUCCUCUCCCAGAAAGCUGAACUCCCCCAGAAGGGUUGUAUCAUCGCCCAGGAAGCCUCCUCAGUCUCCUCGAAGUGCUCCAUCCAGAAAAGGGGGUUUGGCUCCGACAUCUCUGGCCAAUUUCUUCAAAGCAGGUGGAAGACUCACUGGCAAAGAAGCAAACAGUCAAGACAAGAACACACAACCUGCAUGUCCAAAAAAGUCAGCCAAAGCAAAAGAGAUUGACGGCAAAAGCAAAGAGUGUCCCAGUGGAACUCCAGCCGGCACCAAGAUCUCAGCUGAAGACCAGGGCAAGAAAACUGCCACAUCCCUCAUCUUAUUUGAGGAGGUGGACAUCAUUUUUGAUGAUGACACUGGAUUCCUGGCUGCAAUAAAAACCUUCAUGACCACAACCAAGAGACCAGUUAUUUUAACAACUAGUGAUUUGACCUUUAGUGCUACAUUUGAUGGGUAUUUUGAGGAAAUCCAUUUCAAAUCUCCUUCAGUGGCGGAUGUGUCAAGUUACCUCCAGCUGCUAUGUCUAGUAGAAAACAUGAGAACGGACACUAAGGAUGUGUCCUGUCUGCUAGAUUGGAACAGCUGUGAUAUUCGGCAAAGCCUCCUGCACCUACAAUUCUGGGCAUGCAGUGGUGGUGGACAGCAGAUGCAGAGACCUUUGCCUUCAUCAGAUCUCAAAUGUAACGUCACGGGUGAUAUUCACCAUCAGUCUAUCAAAGCUCAGGAUCUAAAUGAGGCUAAAUUACCACCUUGCCACACUGCAUGCACAGAGACUUUGCUGGGAAUCUGCAAUAUGCAAACAAAAAAUAUUGCAGAUUUUCUGCUAAAGCACGAGUCUUCAACACUAGAGAGCAUUAAGUGCUGGGAUAUUCUCUCAAAGGUCCACAGAAUGGGAGUGGAACUUCUCUACUCCAAUAUGGAGAGUCUGCUUCCCCUGCCAACUCGCCCUUUACUGCAGUCCACCCUCAAAUCACAAUCAGCACCAAACCCACAGUCCCAACCCGAGCAAGUACCUCAAAAUAUGAGGUUAGAAGCUUUGGAAGAGCCCUCUGAAGAAGGUAGUCCCCUUAAAUUGUCCUCCAGAAUGAGAGGGCGCAAGAAGAUGGGCAAUAAAGACGUUUUCCAGUCUGAUUCAGAGUCGGAGGAAGACUUCCUCUCACUGCCAAAAACCAGCAGAGAUCCUGCUAAAAGCACUAAUGCGGAAGCAGCCAAUCUGUCCGUGAAUGUGCCUGAAGUUGCGCCGAAAAAACCGAGGCACAUUGUGUUAUCUGAAGCCGAAAGAAAGAAGAGCAAGCCAGUGACGCAUUGUUUAAGCAGUUUAGCAGAGUAUAUGGACCACAUGUCCUUCCUGGACUCCUCAUUGCACUUCCAGCCUUUGCAGGCAGAGGGUUCCUGCAGACCACAGGACUUUGGCUGGACCGGUGCGAAGGUCAAGAGUGGGAUGACCGAUGACAUUCGGUCAGAGUGUGUCAGCCGGGUAAAUAGUGUUAGUGUUGAUGAAAUCCAUGCUGCAUUGGGGCAUUUGAGCUUUAGGAAGUGCAAGGCUGUAGUCUCUGAGGCCUGGGACAGAGCUCAGCAACUGGAGGACGAGAUCAGAAGAGAGGCAGAGGAGGAGCUCACCCUCCCUGUGGCUUCACACAGAGAUGGCUUCAGCCUGGCUCAAGUCACACCUUGUGAACCAUGGCUGAUGGAGAGGAGAAGUGAGGUGAUGAAGUCGCUGCUCUCCACCAUGUCAGCUGGUACGCUGGGAAACCGGGCAGCAGUGGCUCUGGACUACCUCCCCUCUCUGCGUACCAUCUGUAGGUCAGAGAGACUGAAGGAGCAGGGAAAGAUCAAACGCAGGUUCUUGCACUAUUUGGAUGGUAUACACUUCACUCUUCCUAAAAGCACAGUGGAGUUCCUGGCUUCCGAGUUCCCUUAAAUUGCACCCAUCUUUAGGCAGCCGCUUAAGGGCUGCUGGUGAAUAUGCAUUUGUACAGUAAUAUAUACUCAGAAGGAGUGUGGUUUUAUGUUGUUGUAGACCUCACAUAUUUGUACUGAUUUUUUAAAUUUGCUGAUCCUUUAUGUUUUGUACUUUUUGUCAUGCAUCUUCCAAAAAGUUUUAUCAAGUAAUAAAUGUGGAUUUGCUAUUUGCCAGCAAA